GGCUGCAAUUAUUGACAGUCGGUUACAAUAAACCGUCGGAGUCGGUGUCUUCGUGUCGCUUGUAAAUAAAUAAACAUCGCGUGUGCACAUCGAUUUGGUAUCGAUCGUUGUUCGUCGUUAAACAUGUCGUCAAGAUAUGUGGUUUAAGAAAAUCGGUGAAUUACAAGGAAUAAUAAUCAAAAUAAAAAUAAAGGAUGCUGCGGUUAUUAGCAUGCGUCAUGUGCGUCACCGCCGCCCACUCGCUGCAGGUGGGCGUAGGCAUCGCUGACGUCACCGGACCCCCGGCUGAAGUCGGAUUUAUGGGCUACGCGAAUUUCGAGCAAAGUGGCAUGGGGAUUCACUUGCGCCAGUUUUCCAGAGCUUUCGUGCUGGACGAUGGAAAACAGAGAUUCGUUUUCGUCUCCGUAGACGCUGCUAUGAUGGGGAUCGGUGUGAGGAGAGAGGUUAUAAAGCGUCUUCAGAAGCGUUACGGCGACGUCUACAACGACAACAACGUUAUAUUGAGCGGCACACACACACAUUCCACGCCUGGUGGUUUCCUUCUGGACUUCCUCUUUGACUUGCCAAUCCUGGGAUUCGUCAAAGAAACUUACGUUUCUUACAUUGCUGGCAUUCUUAAGAGCAUAAUAAUGGCGCACAACAAUUUAACGCCGGCACGCGUAGAGUACGGUGAAGCAGAACUCCUGGAAGCGAAUAUCAAUCGCUCUCCCACUUCAUAUCUACGUAACCCACAGGAGGAGAGAGAUAAAUACAAAUACGACGUAGAUAAGAACAUGGCGCAAAUUCGGUUUGUCACACCAACGGACAAAAUCAUCGGUGUAAUAAACUGGUUCGCAGUUCACCCUACAAGUAUGAACAACACCAACCGUCUCAUAUCUUCCGAUAAUGUCGGGUAUGCUUCUAUUCUGAUGGAGAAGGCGAUGAAUGGCAAUAGCACGUUUCCGGGAAAAGGUCGUGUUGUCUGUGCGUUUGCUUCUACUAACCUAGGAGACGUUUCACCAAAUACGAAAGGACCAAAGUGUGAGUUCAGCGGCUUGCCCUGCGAUCAGGAGAAACUGCAGUGUAAAUUGCCCAAAGAGAGAUGUUUUGCCUCUGGCCCUGGGAGGGAUAUGUUUGAGAGCACGAAGAUCAUAGCCACUAAACUGUUUGACACAGCAAUGAAAAUUCUUAAACAACCAGGGGAAGAUUUAACAGGAGAAAUUGGCAUCGUCCAUCAGUUUGUCGAAAUACCGAAAGAAGAAGUUCAUCCUUACGAUCCCAUAUCAGAAACAUUCAAUGCUAGCACUAGUGUAAAAGGUUGCCUGCCAGCUAUGGGGUACAGUUUCGCGGCGGGCACUACCGAUGGGCCCGGAGCCUUCGACUUCUCCCAAGGCACAACCACUGGUAACCCGCUGUGGAAUGCCGUCAGAGACUUCAUCGCACAACCAACCGCGGAAGACAUUGCGUGCCAGGCACCCAAACCUAUUCUUUUAGCUACGGGACGAGCGAAUUUUCCGUACCAAUGGCAGCCGCACAUAGUCUCUUGUUCGAUCGCUCGGAUAGGGGGUUUCGUAAUGGCGGCCGUGCCCGGAGAAUUCACCACCAUGUCAGGAAGACGUUUGAGGAGUGUGGUGGGCAGAGCCACUGGGGCCAAACGAGUUGUGAUAGCAGGACUGUCUAAUAUCUACUCGGACUAUAUCGCAACUCCUGAAGAAUAUCAAGCUCAGAGAUACGAGGCGGCUUCCACUAUCUUCGGUCCGCACACGUUAGACAUCUACCUCAACAAGUACCAGCAGCUCUCUGAAGCUUUGAUAAAUGGCCAAAAGUUAGAUCCGGGUCCUCAGCCCCUGGACUUCACAGAUCAGCUGAUUACUCUAGUACCUCCAGUGCUAUGGGAUACCGCGCCCUGGGGCAAAGAAUUCGGUGACUGUCUGAAGCAGCCACAGAAACAGUACAGCUGGGGAGAUGUUGUAUCGGCUACUUUUGUAUCUGGUCACCCCCGAAACGGGAUAAGACAUGGUCGGUGGUACGCAACCGUGGAGAAGUUAGUGUCCGAGCAGGAUGAAGCCUGGGUGGUAGUCGCUACCGACGCUGAUUGGGAGACCAAGUAUAUUUGGCUGCGCAACUCUAAGGUCCUCGGUACCAGCUACUCCGAGGUGGAAUGGGAGAUACCUGAAGGAACACCACCUGGGACCUACAGACUUCAUCACUAUGGAAACUACAAAUAUAUCCUGGGUGGAAUUUAUCCCUACCAUGGAUUUACCGAUCCUUUCGAAGUCACCUAAUGAACGGGUUGUUAAUUUUUUUGUAAAUAGUAGAGAUUUAAAUAUGGCCAUAUAUUGUAUGAUUUAGCUAAUUUUUACUAAAGGUAAAAUCAGGUUAAGUUUACAAUAUAUUUGUGUACUUUUAAGUAAUUUAUAAGAACUUAUAUUUUUAUAUUUAUCCAAAGAAGUUGUGAUAGAAGGAAGAUUAAUUAAUGUUAUUGUCAAUUACCUAUUAGAUUACGUUUGUGUUUCUUUAGCAGUUCGAUUUUUAUUGCUUGUUGAAAUAUUGUUAGUACGUACGCAACCAUUGUCCUUUGAAAAUAAUCAUUUCACACUUUAUGUCUAGUCAAACCAGAUAACGUACAAGUUAAUUAUUACGAAACCUUUAAUUUGAAGAGUUGCGAACAUACUGUAAAAUGUUUUUGUUGAAGAUUCUUUGUUUUAGAUUUAUUACUGCUUGCCUUUGAAUAAAGAUAUUUUAUUUGUACUCA